CGGGGCAAUUGGAGGGCGGGACCGAGCUUCCUGCCCCGCCCCGCCGGGUCCCAGUUCUCAGGCACGAGUCUCGCAGCCACAGCAACAGCCUCUCCGAGGCGGCCGGACAGAACUUCGACGGUCGAACCAACGACUGAAUCCCAGAGAACAGGGAAGAUGGACACCUUCAGCACCAAGAGCCUGGCCCUCCAGGCCCAGAAGAAGCUCCUGAGCAAGAUGGCCUCCCGGGCAGUGGCGUCCGCCUUCAUCGACGACACCAGCAGUGAGGUGCUGGACGAGUUGUACCGCGCCACCAAGGAGUUCACCCGCAGCCGCAAGGAGGCCCAGAAGCUGGUCAAAAACCUGGUCAAGGUGGCGGUGAAGCUGGGCGUCCUGCUGCGCGCCGGGCAGCUGGGCGCCGAGGAGCUGGCGCGGCUGCAGCGCUUGCGGCAGCAGGCGCGCCGCCUGGCCAUGACCGCUGUCAGCUUCCACCAGGUGGACUUCACCUUCGACCGGCGCGUGCUGGCCGCCGCCCUGCUCGAGUGCCGGGACCUGCUGCACCAGGCGGCUGGCGCGCACCUGACCGCCAAGUCCCACAGCCGCAUCAACCACGUGUUCGGCCACCUGGCCGACUGCGACUUCCUGGCGGCGCUCUACGGCCCCGCUGAGCCCUACCGCUCCCACCUGCGCCGGAUCUGCGACGGCCUCACCCGGAUGCUGGAUGAGGACAGCAUAUGACGACUUCCGACACCGCUGCGGUUGCUUGCAGGGGGCGCAGCUUGAAGUGGGACGGAGCUAACCCUUUCCUUCCUGUCUGACUCUGGCCAACCACCCCUCCCACAACACACACACACACACAGGUGACUGUGCAGCUCCAAAGACCCGGGUCCCCUGUCCUCGGGCCCAAUCUCACCAGGCUUAGAGCCCGGCUCAGUCUGCCUGUGCCUGCGGCCUCUCCCAGGCACCUGGAGACCCCUGCCUGCUCUGGCACCAUCUGAACUAUGCCCCUUAAGCCACCGUCUGUACCCCUCAAAUCACUAGGUGUCUCUGACAGCUGGGGGCUUCUCACUUCAGUGUUACUUGGGCUUUUUCAUUCCCGCAGAGAGGGUCACAGGGAACCAGGAGAAAGGGGGUGUUACAGAGUGAACUGUCUCACCCCACCCCACCUCCCAUUUCCCGGAUGGAAGUCCUAACCCCUGGGACCUGUGAAUGUGACCUGAUCUGAAAAUCAGGUGAUUGCUGAUGUAAUUGGUUGCAAUGAGUUAAUAUUGGAGCCGGGCAGCCCCUAAUCCACCAUGACUUGGGGUCCUUUUGAGAAGGGGACAUGUGCACAGAGUCAAGAGGGAGAAUGCCAUGUGAAGGUGGAAGCAGAGACUGGGCGGAUGUGUCUAUAAGACAAGGAAUGCCAAGAGCUGCAAGCCAGCACCAAAAGCUGGGAGAGAGCCUGGGACACCGGCCCAGCCCACACCUUGAUGUCGGGCCUCCUGAGCUAAGCAAACAAGCUUCCGUUGUCUCAGCUUCCCAGGCUGGGCACUUUGCUCCGCAGCUCAGGAAAUGAGGCCAGGGAGCCGUGGUGAGGGCUGUGGUGGGCUCAGGCCUACUGGUGAGGAUGCCCCUCUGUCUGCUUGGCAUCGUGGCCCUGACUCCCAGGAGGGAGUGGUCAGAGUGCACCUCCAAUGAAGGCCGUUGGGAAAGCCAUCUGAGACACAUGCCUGUUUUUAAAGGAUCAUUUCAUAUUUGGAAAACAAAUACACAUAAACACUUGUUUUUAUAAGACAGGCCUCAGAGACAAAGCUCAACAAACCUUGGCUUUGGCAACACCCAGCAGGUGGGACAAUGCUUAACUUGGGGCGUGGAUGGACACGUGGGGGUAUGGGGGGUGUAUCUGCAAUUUGUUGGUCAAAUUGCAGUGGGCACAGGUUGUAAAAGAUCGUGAAGCCCCCUGCAGGUCUGGCUGUGUCGGGUUGUUUUGAGCACCCCGAGGGAGGGGGAACAGUGUCCGUUUCUGUAGAACCUGGUCUGUUUAGGGGAAACACUGCCAACAGGAGGGCUGCAGGCCGUAUUAGGUGAGAAGAUGGGUUUGCUUAGCCUCAUUCAGUGUUUGAGACAUUUGGAAUUAGUUGCCAACACUUGAAACCAAGGAAAUUGCAUGUCCCAAUCUAUCAGUGGAUCUUGAAAACUCUAGAAAACUCGCCUGCACUGCCGGUUGGUGACGCUGCAGAGGCGGCCUGUCUGCUCUGCCACAGUCCUCACCACUCCCUUUUGUCUCUCCAUGGCCUGCUGGGCUGGCUGCUAGAUUAGGACCCCAGAUCCAGGGCAGCAUUUCUGUUUGGUUUCGGCUGCCCUGAAAAAGCCAAAGGCUUCCACCCAACGGUCAGCUGUCCCCUCUCCACCUUCGACUUCCAAAGCAACUUCCCCCCUUUGUGUGCCAAGAGACAGAUCCUCAAUUCAAGAGCAAACGGGUAUUUUGAUUACACCGAGAAGCCCCAGAUGAAAUUCUUUGCCCUCUGCUCUGCUGGCUGAAGGACAUCCACGUGACAAGGCUUUGGACUUGUCUUCACUCUUUUCAUACACUUGAGAUUUAAUUUAGAAAAAAAAAAAAAGAACCAGGACUUCCCUGGUGGUCCAGUGGCUAAGACUCCACACUUCCAACGCAGGGGGCCCGGGUUCAGUCCCUGGUCAGGGUACUAGAUCCCACGUACCACAGCAAAGACCUGGUGCAGCCAAAUAAAUAAAAAGAAUUUAAAAAAGAACCAAAGAGAACUAUGUAAAUAAAAGCAUCUGAUAGCCUUCUCUCACCUGCCCGGGGUUUCUACCUAUUAAAAAUCAAGUUUGGGGACUUCCCUGGUGGUCCAGUGGUUGAGAAUCUGCCUUCCAAUGCAGGGAACACAGCCUCCAUCCGCGGUCCAGGAACUAAGAUCCCACCUGCCACAGGGCAACUUAAGCUUGAGCAUGGCAAUGAAGACACAGCACAGCCAAAAUAAAAAAAAAUAACUCCAGAUUGCACAUAAAUGUCAUAGGUUCACAGCCUGCUAGCAGGCUGAAUUCCCGCUGGGCUUGACACCCUAGCAGAGGUGGCAGAGCUUGGCUCUGGCAGCACAGAGGGGGCUUGGUACCACUCCUCAUUGUGACCUGCGGCGGGGCGGCUCUGCUUACCAGGCCCUUGGGGUAAAGGGGAGGCUUCUUUGUGUCCAGAGAUGCUCUGCCCUGCCCCGCUGCAUCGCACCCAGCGCUCUGCCUCUCUGCCAGCACCCGGGAUGUGGAAGUGGUAAGUGAUUCCCAACUGACCGUACAAAACUCAGUACCCCUCUUGGCUGGGGUCUCCUCAUGUAGCUUAGGCCCAGGGACCACCGUUGCCUCUGCCUCUGUCCUGCUGCCUAGCUUCUGCAGGCAGCCCCAGGCAAGCGUCUCCUGGCCCUGUUGAGACCUGCAGGGUGCUGUGCUCGGUGAAGCGAGCAUCCCCUAGGACUUGUGUGCGUCCAGAGCUGCUCUGUU